UGGCAGUGCUCAACUUUUGAAAACAAGUGCUUUUUAUCAAAAUUACCAAUAAUAAACAAAAGUCUCUAUCAUGUUGCACCUCAAGUUGCUCAGGAAGUCAUCAGCUCUGUCAAAUUGCAAAUUUCUCGUGCGCUCCACGAGCAGCGUGACCAAGCCGAAGUACGACUACGAUCUGGUUGUGCUGGGCGGUGGCUCUGGUGGCUUGGCCUGCGCCAAAGAAGCUGUGGAAUAUGGAGCCAGAGUACUUUGCUUCGACUAUGUGAAGCCCACGCCUGUGGGUACCACUUGGGGCAUUGGAGGAACCUGUGUCAAUGUGGGUUGCAUACCAAAGAAGCUGAUGCAUCAGGCCUGUCUACUGGGUGAGGCGGUGCACGAGGCUGUUGCCUAUGGCUGGAAUGUGAAUGCACAGAAUAUCAAACCCGAUUGGAAAAAACUGAUCAAAUCGGUGCAGAAUCACAUCAAGUCUGUGAAUUGGGUGACGCGUGUCGAUUUGCGGGAUAAGAAAGUGGAGUAUGUGAAUUCAAUGGGCAGCUUUGUCGAUGCCCACACCAUCAACUACAAAACGAAGCAAGGCGAACGCAGACAACUCACAGCAGAGCAUGUUGUGGUCGCUGUCGGAGGAAGACCUCGUUAUCCCUCGAUACCAGGAGCCACAGAGUUUGGCAUUACCAGUGAUGACAUUUUCAGCUACGAGAAGGAACCGGGACGUACUUUAGUCGUGGGUGCCGGCUAUGUGGGACUGGAGUGUGCCUGCUUCCUUAAAGGCCUCGGCUAUGAGCCCACGGUCAUGGUGCGUUCGAUUGUGUUACGUGGCUUUGAUCGCCAAAUGUCCGAGCUGGUCGCCGCCAUGAUGUCAGAGCGUGGCAUUCGCUUUGUGGACACUUCAAUUCCCACGGCCGUGGAGCGAAUGCCCAAUGGCUGUCUGUUGGUGAAGCAUCUCAAUACAGCCACCGAACAAGAAGGCAGCGAUGUCUAUGACACCGUCUUGUGGGCCAUUGGUCGCAAGGGACUCAUCGAUGAUCUCAAUCUGCAGGCAGCGGGCGUAGCUACCAAGAAUGACAAGAUCGUUGUCGAUCACACGGAGGCCACAAAUGUGCCGCAUAUUUAUGCCGUGGGUGAUAUUAUCUAUGGCAGACCUGAACUCACGCCAGUUGCCAUUCUCUCAGGUCGUCUGCUGGCUCGACGACUCUUUGCCGGCUCCACGCAGCUGAUGGACUACACGGAUGUGGCAACCACAGUAUUUACACCUCUUGAGUACGCUUGCGUGGGAAUGUCCGAGGAAAUGGCCAUUGAAUCGCGUGGAGCGGAGAACAUUGAGGUUUUCCACGGGUAUUACAAACCCACAGAGUUCUUUAUACCCCAGAAGAGUGUGCGCCAUUGUUAUUUGAAAGCUGUGGCUGAAGUCACUGGUGAUCAGAAGAUACUUGGCUUACAUUAUUUGGGCCCCGUUGCAGGCGAGGUGAUUCAGGGCUUCGCUGCCGCACUUAAAUCGGGACUGACAGUAAAAACCUUGCUGAAUACUGUUGGCAUUCAUCCAACAACAGCCGAAGAAUUCACUAGACUGUCGAUAACUAAACGUUCGGGUCGAGAUCCGACUCCAGCAUCGUGUUGCAGUUAAUUACACAGAUUCAAAUUCAGUUCUAAAGAGUUUUGUACUAUGUUUAAAUAAAGAAAAUAAUAUUCUUGUCACA